AUGUUCUGCAGUUAUGCCGAUGAAAUCAACAAUCGCAUGCAUCUGAAUACGCCGAGCAGUGAUGAGAGAAUCGUUGCUAUUUUGCAGGGCGUGGGCACAAUAAUGGAUUAUAAUUACACAAUGAAAAAAUACUUGGCUGACUUGAGCAGCGAAUAUUCCACCGAAGAACUGAGCAGGAUUUUAGGCUUGCAACUUUUUUUUAUUCUUGAGCCAUGGAAUCUGCUCGAUUUCAAACUUGAAUCUAUUCGGCAGGAACUAAUGGCAGCCGCAGCGAUUCUCCGUAUACGAGUGAACGUAGUCGCACAUAAUCCGUUGCAAUUCGUGGCAGCACACUCGGCGGCAACUGCAUUAAGCGAACAAGCCAAACAGCAACUUCUCAUUACUGAGCAGCAGAAGCGGAUCCGCGAAGAACUGCGUAAAAAUAUGCAUAGUGAUGAGGAUGAGACCGCUUGGCAGUCAAAUUUAAAUUCGUGGUUGUCGAAGCGUAAAACAGCAAUGUCCAGGUGGAAAGAAGGACUAGCCAGUUCUACGCAUUGCAGCAGGUUCAUAUUA